AGUCGCCAGCGAGUUAAACAGAGAGGCGGGGCUUCGUGACGAGCUUCCGCCUCGUUGCGUAGCAGCAGUGGGCGUGGUUAAGGGCUACCCCGAGACAGCGAGGAGUGGUCGGAACCUUCUCCAUCCUUCCCUUCCCCUUCCCCUACGGGGAAAGGCUGAGACCCGGCACCUAGGCUGCUACGCGGUCGCUGUGGCCUCAGCCGCAGCCAGGCCUCGCGUCCGGAGAAGCCAGGCCGCGUCCUGGGCGAGCGUUCCUGAUUGUGACAUCACACCCACCCCUGGGCCAUGAAACUUGUCACUAGGAAGAAAGACUCAGUUGGAGAAUAGCCAACAAGAUGGGAUACUCGGAGCAUCUCCUGAGUGGCACUGAGCGGAGGCAUCAGGAGGGGGUUGGAACCUUGUAAACAGGGAACCUGCCCCCGCCACUUAGAAGGACCUGGGUUUCAGUGAUGAGACAUGGGGUAUGAUGUAACCCGUUUCCAGGGGGACGUUGAUGAGGACCUUAUCUGCCCUAUUUGCAGUGGCGUCUUGGAGGAGCCAGUACAGGCGCCUCACUGUGAGCAUGCCUUCUGCAACGCCUGCAUCACCCAAUGGUUCUCUCAGCAGCAGACUUGUCCGGUAGACCGUAGCGUUGUCACGGUUGCCCACCUGCGCCCAGUACCUCGGAUCAUGCGGAACAUGUUGUCAAAGCUACAGAUUGCCUGUGACAACGCUGUGUUUGGCUGCAGUGCUGUUGUCAGGCUUGACAACCUCAUGUCCCACCUCAGUGACUGUGAGCACAACCCGAAGCGGCCUGUGACCUGUGAGCAGGGCUGUGGCCUGGAGAUGCCCAAAGAUGAGCUGCCAAACCACAAUUGCAUCAAACACCUGCGCUCCGUGGUCCAGCAGCAGCAGACGCGCAUUGCAGAGCUGGAGAAGACAUCUGCUGAACACAAACACCAGCUGGCAGAACAGAAGCGAGACAUUCAGCUGCUGAAGGCGUACAUGCGAGCCAUCCGCAGUGUCAACCCCAACCUUCAGAACCUGGAGGAGACAAUCGAGUACAACGAGAUCCUUGAGUGGGUGAACUCCCUGCAGCCAGCAAGAGUGACCCGCUGGGGAGGAAUGAUCUCCACUCCUGACGCUGUGCUCCAGGCUGUGAUCAAGCGCUCCCUCGUGGAAAGCGGCUGCCCAGCCUCUAUUGUCAACGAGCUGAUUGAAAAUGCCCAUGAACGCAGCUGGCCCCAGGGACUGGCCACACUAGAGACAAGACAGAUGAACCGGCGUUACUAUGAGAACUACGUGGCCAAGCGCAUCCCUGGCAAGCAGGCUGUAGUGGUGAUGGCCUGUGAGAACCAGCACAUGGGUGAUGACAUGGUGCAGGAGCCAGGGCUCGUCAUGAUAUUUGCGCAUGGUGUGGAAGAGAUAUAAGAACGUAACUGGCUAUCAGGGAGAGGUAGAGUUGGAAAAACCCAUUGCUCCAGCAGCUGAGCCCUGACUUUUCCCACAACCCUUAUGCCACGGCUUGUACCUGAGCCACGUACUCCCUGCUUCUGACACAAAGGACCUUGGGGCACUUAGCUCAGCCUUUCAGCGGAGAACCCAAAUUCUUACCUUUUGCUAUAUUCUUUCCCCCACAAUGUCUGUAAAUUUUCAGUCAGGGUGGAAAAAUCCCCACUUCUGUAUUUUCCUGACUAAGAUCCCUGGUUCCCAAAUAUUUUCAGAAAGCACAAAGAAAUUUGUUUUCCCUAGAGGAUCAGGGUGGAGAGAGGCAUAUCUAAUUGUCCCUCUCUUCUAAAACCAGGGAAUCCGAGCAGGCAGGCUUGCUGACUCCAUGUAGCAUUGAGAGCAGCUCUGAGGAGCCAGCAUCCAGGAGAAGGGCUAAGGGUGUGACCAAAACCCUCUAACUAGUGAGGCCAGGCCCUGGUCAUCACUAACAGCCCUUGGGGAAGACCUUUGUGCCAAGCAUAUCCCUGUCCAGGCCCCCUGUGAGGAUGCAGGCCUUGGGUGUGCAGGGUGGCUCCCAGUGAGGGUGGUCAGGGUGGGUUGCUGAAAUGUUGUCAAACUCUUUCCUACAUGUUUCAUAAUUAGGGAAGGGAAGGAAGGGGUAGGCGUGAGAGCACUGGUGUUCAUACGUUCAGCAGGAAGCUGCUGUCUGGCUCUGCUGACCUAAGACAGCACCGCCUCUUGAGGCUUGUCUGUGUUGCCUCUGUAGCCCCUCUUCAGCCUGUGAUUGCAGUCAGCUUGACUUCCUUUGGUGUUGUUUGUUUGUAUUUCCAAAGUCACAGACCCCAUCUGUUACCCGGUCUUGUUUUCACAGGAUGGACUGGCUGUGUCUAUUCUCUGAUCCAGCCCAGCCACAUUGUUGGCAAUUUAAUUUAUUUACUUUUUUUUUUUUUUUUUAAGAAAGGAGAAAAGAAAAAAAAAAAAUCAACAAAAC